CUGCUACCUAGCUUAGCCUUCACCUGUCGUUAUGGAAAAUAAAACCCAUCUUUUCUGUGGUUCUAUAUUUGUUCCUAGGCAGUUGGGAGUCUGAUAAUGUAAGUGAAUAAGUUUUAGCAAUGUUCACCGACUGGGAUACCGAGCAACUGACUACGCCACUAGAAUGAACACACUGAAACCACUACCACGCGCAUGCAAGCCAGGGAAAUCACCCGGGUCACUAUUGCCAGCCUGCGAGUGAGAACGGUGGCGCGGCUACCACUAGGACACGGAUGGGGGCGGUGAGUGUGGCCAGGCUGGUGAUGGUGAUGACGAUGAGAACGAACAGGGAGCCGGGGACUUUGGUGGCGUUCAUGAUUUUGGCGGAACGUUGGGGAGCCUCUACGCAUGGGAGGAACGAAGAACGAGGCAGGGCGAGUUGAUUUGCAAUGAUUGAGAUCAGAGCCAGGGGCAGGGAUCUAACUAGACCAGGGCAGCGAAGUUAUGCCGAUUCUUCCCGGGGCAGUGACCUUUUGACCUUGUGCCUGCGUUCCCCCUCCCAAAGCAAGGACCACCAUACGAAACACCACGCACCAGGUAACGCCUACACUUACUACACUUACAAACUCGAGAAAGUGGCAAAAUGCGCUCUGGCUACUUUUCGCCGUGUUGCGCAUGAGAUAGCUGGCGCGUGAUAUUUG